CAGAAACAAAAUGGCGGAAAGUUUGGAAAACAAACUGAAGUAUGGAGGUUUCCCUCGAUGAAUUAGUACAUUCAGGCUGUUUUGUGUUGUUUACUAACAAACAAAACAGAUUUUCGUUUGUGUAAACGUCAAAGAAAAACUCCUCUUGGUGCAAAAUGGCCCAAAACGGUGCAAGUACUUUCGCCAAUGGCGGUAGGAAACCCGCUAACAACCCAAGGUCUGAUGCAUUUUCUUUGCCAGGAAUUGACGAAAACGAGCUUCGUGCUCGUAUUUAUGCAAAACCACAACUAAAACCAAAUCCAAAGGCUCUUAGAUUCAGUGGUCCGACCCCGGUGCAGCUCAAAAAGAAUAUACCAACAGCACCCAGACUAGAGCCUUUGCCAAACCUUGCCAGAUAUCAAGAAAGGCAAAAAAGUCUUCCUUACACUUCUCCUGCAGGGAAGACAAAAACCCCAACACCACCCUCCUCAUCUGAGCCAGACAAGAAGAAGGCACGCCGAAGAGAUGUUGUAGAACCUCUUGAGCGAGUAACAUCUCCGUUACCAAGUCUACCAGAUGAUUUAAAGAAUAAACAAGAAAAAAUUGACUCUGCAGCUCAAGUUAAUACUAGGGCUCCACAAAGGCAGAAUUCUUCAAAGCAGAAAACUAAUGGUCAUGCGCAUGCCUUUGCCAAUGGAAGUGUAUUAGUGGAGAAGACAGAUGUUAUACCUGAGGGUCUGAGAGAUCCACUUCAGAUUAUAAGUUUGAUCAAGGAGAAUUCUAAACUAGGGUUUCUUUACAUGACCCCUGCUGUUGAUAGGUCAUCAAUAGAUUACAAUCCUUACAACCUCAAAAUUGUAAAGCAUUCAGCAAUUGACCAUUCAGAUUACUACACCAUAAGUGCUGAAGGAGUAACUCAUGUCUGUGACGAUGAAGCAGAGUUUACACCCCUUGAACGAUGGGAAAAGGAGUACAAGGACUACACAAGACUUGUGAAAAUUCCAACAUUUGCUAGCUUUAGGAUGUGGAAGGCAUUUGUUGUCUGGAGGAAGAAUGUCAAGAUAAAGAAAGUGACACAGUGUAAAAAUCAACUACAAGAGAAUCUCUUCAUUGUAAAUCCUUCAUUACGCCCAGCUUUGUUGAAUGUGCGAGAAAUGUGUUACCGCAUCAGUGACAUGGGCCUGUGCAGAGUGGAGAAAGGGCACACUUACACUUUGGAUGAGUUCAGGAAUGCUCAAUUUGAACAGCUUGAAGAGGUUGCUGGAAGAUUAGCAGAGUUUCGUGACCUUGUCAAAGAAGUUGUGAGAAGUGCAUGUCGAACAGCUCUUCUUGAGGCAGGGUUCACACCUGACGAUUAUUUUAUGGAUAUGGACAGUCCUAUGGGGAUGUAUGCAGAUGAAUAUGGAGGCCCUGCACAUUCAAUGUCAUCCUAUUUAAUGCCAAGUGGGUAUGAGAUGGAUAUGUAUGGUGAUGCACCAGACAAAAUGACUUAUACAGAGCAGGCUAACAAGAGAAGCCACUGCAGAAGACUCACAAGCUUUAUCCGGCUUGCUGACUAUCUCAUUGUGAAUACUAUGCAUGUUCUAGCAGCAAACUCUGUUGCUACUCUACUUAACUAUUUGGAGGAACAACUGCAGCACACACCCACCCCUGCACAAAUCCAGGGAACAAGUGAAGAAAUGGAACCAGAGGAAGAGAAAGCAGAAGGGGAGGCUAUUGAACAGAAGGAUGAACAAGGAGAACUCCAUCCACUGUACACCACAGAGGUGCUUCUUGAGCCUCAAAUGCUGCUGUUUUCCCCUGGAUUGGAUGACUUUCAGGAUGGACUUGGAGAAGUCAUCAAAAAGUUUCAAGAUGCUGUCCUAAGUGUUCAAAACCUCGUGCCUGACCCAUAUUUUGAUGCUUUCACUCAACCAUUUAUCAAUGGUAAAGUUGAAGAGAAAACAGCAGGUGAUGGUCCUAGUCUGGCCACCAUGUUUGAGGAUGAUAGACAUCUUCAAGGAAUUAUACAAAGUAUCAAGGAUGCUAUUUCAUCAGCAUUUGACUCUGCAUGGCAGUAUGCAAAUACAUUUGAACCUUAUCGCCAGUUUUACCAAGAGAAUGAGAGUUUGGAUCUUGAACGAAUUAGACAAGAAGAGCAUGAUGUUGGUUUUUUCUCACACUCACUGGACAAAUACAACAGUGAACAUGAACAGGCAGUUGGUAUUUUGGAACGCAGAGCAAUUGGCAUGAUCCUUGUUGAUUGUAAGAAGUUGAAAGAAGUUCUCAUUCCAUCACCAUUGAAAUGUUUAGAGGUGAUAAAUGAUAUAUUGCCUAAGUUGGCCAAGAUGCGAACAGAUACACUGAUGGGAUUCUGUCAAGAUGCUCAGUUUAAACUAGAAGCUGUGCCUAGUAGCACCUCAGAAUAUGUUGAAAGCCUUACUUUUCUUGACACCAUUCAAGAGAAGGUUGAUGAUAUUGAAAGAGAUGCUACUGUUGUGAAAGAGUUGUAUGACUUGAUUGAGACAUACAAAGUGCCAACACCACCUGAGGAUCUUGCUGUGUACCAGACUCUGAGGCCCACAGUGACAGCUGUCCGUAAUGUGAUUGACAAAUCAUUAGCUGAGAGGGAUGCCAAUAUUGACAAGAUGUGUACACACAUUGACAAAGAUAUUGUGGUACUGGGUAAGGAGGUGAAAGAGGUGAAACAAAAAGCACAGGACCCCAAGAUUUUGGACUCCAGUUCACAGUCAAAUGACAUUAUCCAGUACCUUGAAGCUCUCAUUGACAAAAUGGAUAGCCUUAACAACUUAGCACUCACAUACAAAUCACACCAGAAGAACUUCAAGGUGGAGGUGGCCAAGUUUGAAGAACUUGAAGAAGUUCAUGCAGAGCUCAAGCUCAAGCAGGCAUUGUGGAACUCACUUGUGGAAUGGGAUGAUGUUACUGGUGAAUGGCUUGAGCUUCCUUUUGAAGAGCUCAACCCAGAAGCUCUGAGCAACCAAGUGAUGAAGUAUGCUAAGACAGUUAUGCAGUUGGAGAAAGGUCUUCCUCCCAACUCAGUGGUACCAAUACUGAAAGAAAAAGUGGAAGGAAUGAGACAUAAGUUGCCAGUGAUAACGAACCUGCGUAACCCAGCUCUGAAACCUCGCCACUGGGAGCACAUUCAACAAAUCUUUGGUUACCACUUUACUGAAGAAGAACCACUCACUCUGGGAUUACUAAACAAGAUCGAUGCCUUUGAACAUACAGAAGCUAUUGAAGAAGUCUCUGGGCAGGCGUCUAGUGAAGCAUCUCUUGAAGGAAUCCUCAAGAAGGUUGAAGAUUCCUGGAAGCAAACAGAGUUCAUCGUGUUACCCCAUCGUGACUCAAAAGACGUGUUCAUCCUCGGUGGAAUUGAUGAUAUCCAGGCUCUCCUUGAUGACAGCAUGAUUAAUAUAUCCACUAUUGCUGGUUCUCGACAUGUUGGCCCAAUCAGACCAAGAGUGGAUGACUGGCAAAGGCAACUUCAUCUCUUCAGUGAAACACUGGAUGAGUGGAUGACUUGCCAGCGUAACUGGUUAUACCUCGAGAGCAUCUUUAGUGCUCCAGAUAUCCAGCGUCAGCUACCAGCUGAAGCCAAAAUGUUUCUGACAGUAGACAAGUCAUGGAAGGAAGUCAUGAGAAAAGUCCACAGGCUUCCCAAUGCUCUUAGAGCAGCUACCCAACCAGGACUGCUCGAGAUAUUUCAAAAUAACAAUGCCCUUUUAGAUCAAAUUCAGAAGUGUCUUGAGGCGUACCUGGAGUCCAAAUGUGUAAUAUUCCCAAGGUUCUAUUUCCUUUCAAACGACGAGUUGUUGGAAAUCUUAUCACAGACGCGCAAUCCGCAUGCUGUUCAGCCUCACUUGCAAAAGUGUUUCGAUGCCAUUUCAAAACUUGAGUUUGGUAGUGCUUCUCAGCCACCUCCCACACCAUCAGCGGCUGAAAAACCAGUCACACCAACAGGAGAGAGACCCACCUCAGCUGGUAAGGCAGCUGAAACAAAGACUAAUGAUAUCCUUGCAAUGAUCUCGCCUGAAGGCGAGAGAGUUGGACUUACAAAGGGUUUGAAGGCUCGUGGUAAUGUGGAAGACUGGCUUGGUAAGGUUGAGGAGUCCAUGGUUUCUUCACUCAGAAAACUAGCCAAGGCUUCUAUAACUGAUUAUGAGAGCAAACCGAGAGAAGAAUGGGUUACACUACAUCCGAGCCAGGUUGUUCUGACCAUUUCUCAGACCAUGUGGUGUCGUGAUAUCACGGAAUGUUUGGUUAAGGAAGGUGAUAGGUUAGAGGCAAUGAAGGAAGCCGAACAGAUUUGUGUCACUAAUUUGAACAAGCUUGCUGCACUGGUUCGUGGAGAGCUUCCAAAACUGACCAGGAACAUUCUGUGUGCUUUAAUUACUAUUGAUGUGCAUGCAAGGGAUAUAGUCACAGGAAUGGUGGAGCAUCAGGUUGAUAAUGUGAACAGUUUUGAGUGGGUGAAACAGCUACGUUAUUACUGGGAUCCUGACCUGGACAACUGUGUUGUGCGCAUGUCUAACUCUUUGUACAUAUAUGGUUACGAGUACCUUGGUGCCUCACCUCGCUUGGUCAUCACACCACUCACAGAUCGGUGCUACUUGUGUUUGAUGGGAGCACUACAGCUUGACUUGGGAGGUGCACCCGCAGGGCCCGCUGGGACAGGAAAAACAGAGACUACUAAGGACUUAGCUAAGGCCCUGGCUAAGCAAUGCGUGGUGUUCAACUGCUCUGAAGGACUGGACUUCAAGAUGAUGGGACGCUUCUUUUCCGGCUUGGCUCAGUCAGGAGCCUGGUGCUGUUUUGACGAGUUCAACAGAAUUGACAUCGAAGUAUUGUCUGUUAUUGCUCAGCAGCUUCUCACCAUAAGAAACGCCAAAGUUGCAAAGGCAUCCCGUUUCAUGUUUGAAGGGCGUGAGAUCAAACUUAUUCCAAGCUGUGCGGCAUUCAUCACAAUGAACCCUGGCUAUGCUGGUCGGACAGAAUUACCGGACAACUUAAAGGCCUUGUUCAGACCGAUGGCUAUGAUGGUACCAGACUAUGCCUUGAUUGCGGAAGUGAUCCUGUAUUCCGAAGGCUUUGAAUCCUCUAAAAACCUGGCUCGGAAGAUGGUGCAGAUGUACCGAUUGUGCAGUGAACAGCUUUCUCAACAGGAUCAUUAUGACUUUGGUAUGAGAGCUGUCAAGUCUGUGCUUGUUAUGGCUGGAGCGCUUAAGAGAGGAAACCCUAAUCUGAAUGAAGAUAUCGUGCUCAUCAGAGCUCUGAGGGACAGCAACUUGCCCAAGUUUCUUAAACAGGACGCUGAGCUCUUCAGAGCCAUCCUAUCAGAUCUUUUCCCCGGUAAGGAGAUUCCAGAUCACGAUUAUGGCAAACUACAAGCUACUAUUGAAGAAUGCUUGCUCAAGAAAGGUUGUCAGGUUGUUCCUUCAAUGGUAAAAAAGACUAUCCAGUUGUACGAGACAAUGAUUGUGCGGCAUGGUGUGAUGACUGUAGGACCCACUGGAGGGGGGAAGACAACAAGCUAUGAGGUUCUUAAAGACACGCUGACAACAUUACACGAAGAAGGAGACGAAAAUCCUUAUUACCAAAAAGUUCGCACAUACGUGUUGAAUCCCAAGGCUGUUAGUAUGGGAGAGCUGUACGGGGAGAUUAACAAGCUCACAAUGGAAUGGAGAGACGGACUCAUGGCCGUCACUGUUAGAGUUUGUGUUCAGGACACUACUGAAGAUCACAAGUGGAUUGUCUGCGAUGGUCCUGUGGACGCUCUAUGGAUCGAAAACAUGAACACUGUUUUGGAUGACAACAAGAUGCUCUGUUUGGCAAACAGUGAGAGAAUCAAACUCAACAACACCAUGCACAUGUUGUUCGAGGUGCAGGAUCUUGCUGUUGCUUCCCCAGCUACAGUCAGCAGGUGUGGUAUGGUGUACAUGGACCCUAAUGAACUAGGCUGGAGGCCAUAUGUCAAGUCCUGGAUGCAGAGAACGUGUACAAAGAUGAAAGAUGAAACAAAGGAGUAUCUGAUGAAUCUGUUUGAGAAUUACGUGGAUAACGGACUCAACUUUGCGAGGAAGAAAUGUGUUCAAGCCAUGCAACAGGUCGACAUAAAUAAAGUGACAACUAUGUGCUGCCUUCUAGAAAGCUUUUUUUUUCCAGAGAAAGGAGGCCCAGAUUUUAAUAUGGAUGCCAACAAGUUACACUCGCUUAUUUGCACCGCCUUCCUCUUCACUUUCCUGUGGAGUAUUGGUGGCAAUUUAGUAGAGUCUUCUAUGGACGCUUUUGACACAUUUUCGAGGGACUUGUUCUCAGAUACACAGGACGUGAAGCUUCCAGGUUCAGGUGAUCUGUUCAGUUACUUCGUGGAUUUUGACACACGCCGUCUUGAACCAUGGGAAAAGAUAAUUCCAUCAUUUAAGUACAGCCCAGAGAUCCCAUACUUUGACCUGCUGGUGCCUACUGUAGACACGGUCAGAUAUGGAUUCCUGAUGGAGAAGCUGGUUGUUGUCAAUAGAUCCGUUAUGUUUACUGGAACGACAGGCGUUGGCAAGUCUGUGGUGGCCAAGGGACUGCUGACUGACAUAAGCGAUAAGGCGAACUAUGUUCCCAUCAUGAUGAACUUCUCUGCUCAGACAAGCAGCCAACGAACUCAGGAAAUGAUUGAAGUCAAACUGGAAAAGAAACGGAAGAAUAUUUUAGGUGCACCGGCAGGAAAAAGAAUGAUUAUCUUUGUCGAUGAUUUGAACAUGCCAAAGCUGGACACUUAUGGCGCACAGCCUCCCAUUGAGUUACUCAGGCAGUACCAAGAUUUUCGAGGAUUUUACGAUAGAGAAAAACUCUUCUGGAAGGAAAUUCAUGACAUGACUAUCUGUGCAGCCUGUGCUCCCCCAGGGGGUGGUAGAAAUCCAGUCACGCCUCGUUUCUUACGUCACUUCAGUAUGUUCAGUAUUCCGUCGUCUGCCGAGCACACUCUGAAACAUAUCUUCAAGUCCAUUGUUAGCGGCUUUUUAGUCGACUUUCCUCAAGACGUAAGGGGAUGCGCAGAUGCGAUUGUUGGGGCGAGUGUUGAGAUCUAUGUUCGUAUGAGUACAGACCUGUUACCGACUCCUGCAAAAUCUCACUAUGUGUUCAACUUGAGAGAUUUGUCCAAAUGCAUUCAAGGUGUACUUCAGGCGGAUCCUGGAGUUAUUAGAGACGCUGGACAGAUUUUUCGCCUGUUCUGUCACGAGGCACAAAGAGUAUUUCACGAUCGUCUAAUUAACAAAGAAGACAAACGUUAUUUCAACGCCAUUUUGUCUGAAAUGGCACAGAAACACUUCUCCCAGAAUGUGCAAGCUGAGAAAUUUGAAACGGCCCCUAUUCUGUUUGGAGACUUUAUGAAGAUGGGUGCAGACCCGUCUGACAGAAUCUACGAAGAGCUGGCUGAUAUCUCAAAAGUGAAAAAUCUUCUGGCUGAUUAUCUUGAUGACUACAAUAUGAACUCUUCUAAAGAAAUGAAGCUUGUGUUCUUUAUGGAUGCCAUAGAACAUGUCUCAAGAAUUGCCCGAAUGGUUCGUCAGCCGCGUGGGAAUGCUCUGCUUGUGGGUGUAGGAGGAACAGGAAAACAGAGUCUUACCAGGUUGGCAUGUCAUAUGGCUGGUUACCUGUGCUUUCAAAUCGAGCUGACUCGUGGCUACGAUUACUCCUCAUUCCGGGAAGAUCUUAAAAAAUUGUACACAUCAGCUGGAGUGGAAGGAAAAAACACAGUGUUCUUAUUCACUGAUACUCAGAUCGUUGUUGAGGAAUUCCUGGAAGACAUCAAUAACAUCUUGAACUCUGGGGAGGUCCCAAACCUGUUUGAGCCAGAGGAGUAUGAACAAGUACUGAUUGGAACCCGACCUCACGCCAAGGAGGCUGGUGUUCCUGAAGGCGACAGGGAUGCCGUGUUCAAUCACUUCAUCAGCCGUGUUCGGAAUAACCUUCAUGUAGUACUUUGCAUGAGUCCUGUGGGAGAUGCGUUCCGUACUCGCUGCCGUAUGUUCCCCUCUCUGGUGAACUGUUGUACUAUUGACUGGUUCACCGAAUGGCCAAGGGAGGCUUUAUUGUCUGUCUCCAAGAACUUUUUCGAAGAAGUGGACUUGGGUGCAGGAGAUGUUAAGGAGAGAGUGGCCGAAAUGUGUGUUGAAAUCCACACGAGUGUUAGCUCUAUGGCGGACAGGUUUUACGCUGAAUUGCGUCGCCGAUAUUACACAACCCCAACCAGUUAUCUGGAGCUUAUUAACCUGUAUCUGUCCAUGUUAGACGACAAACGAAGACAGCUGAUUGGUGCACGUGACCGCGUGAAGAAUGGCUUGAAGAAGCUUCUAGAAACUAACGACUUAGUAGAUAACAUGCAGGUGGAGUUAGUGGCUUUAGAACCACAGUUGAAACAGAAAUCACUUGAUGUAGAAAAGCUCAUGGACAAACUACAGACUGAUCAGGAGGAAGCUGACAAGGUGAGAAAAGUCGUUUCAGCGGAAGAGGAAGUAGCCAAAGGAAAGGCAGAUGAAACCCAAGCUAUUGCAGCAGAAGCACAGAAAGACUUGGACGAGGCCUUACCUGCUCUGGAGGCUGCCAACAAGGCCCUUGACUCAUUGGACAAGUCCGAUAUAUCCGAGUUACGUGUGUUCACCAGUCCCCCUGAGCUCGUCAUGACGGUUAUGGAGUCCAUCUGUAUUUUGUUAAAUGCAAAGCCUGACUGGGCAGCAGCAAAGUCUUUGCUUGGUGACGCUAAGUUUUUGACCAGGCUUAUGGAAUAUAACAAGGACAAUAUUCCGGAUUCUACUUUGAAGAAACUGAAAAAGUACAUAGAAAACCCCAAGUUCACGCCAGAAAAUGUGGAGAAAGUAUCGAAGGCGUGCCGGUCCAUGGUGAUGUGGGUUCGCGCUAUGGAUUUGUAUGCUCGAGUGUUCCGCACGGUGGAGCCCAAGAACAAAAGACUCGCUGCUGCUCAGGUGGAAUUAGAUGCUGUUAUGGCGACAUUAAAAGAAAAGCAAGAUAGUUUAGCUGCUGUUGAGGAAAAGAUUGCAGAGCUUCAAGCAGCUUAUGACAAUAGUAUUGCUGAAAAGGAAACGCUGACCAAGAACAUCGCACAAACCGCGGCUCGUCUGAAGAGGGCAUCCAAGCUGACAACAGCCCUAGGAGACGAACAGGGACGCUGGACAGAGAAUGUAGCGGCAUUUGAACUGGAGAUUGGUAACGUGGUCGGAAAUGUUUUCGUGGCGGCAGCUUGUGUGGCUUACUUUGGGGCAUUUACAAGUCAUUACCGCCAGGAGCUUAUCUCAUCUUGGAUUCAACGCUGUAAAGAAUUAGAAAUUCCUGUGUCAGACGACUUUAGUCUCAUCAAUGUGCUGGCAGAUCCUUUUGAAAUUAGACAGUGGAAUGCUGAUGGGCUUCCGAGGGAUUCGGUGUCAAUAGAGAACGCGAUUUUGGUGACCAGAGGUCGGCGAUGGCCUUUAAUGAUUGAUCCCCAGGAUCAGGCCAAUCGAUGGAUCCGAGCCAAAGAAGCCAAGAAUGGUCUUAAAGUGGUCAAGCUUACUGACCAGAACUUCCUGCGUACUCUUGAGAACUGUAUCCGUAUUGGUAUGCCUGUGCUAUUAGAGGAAGUUGGCGAGACUCUGGAUCCUGCUCUGGAACCAAUCCUGUUGAAACAGACUUUUACACAGGGUGGACGUCUGUUAAUCCGUCUGGGUGAUAGUGAUAUCGACUAUGACAAGAACUUCAAGUUUUAUAUGACAACUAAACUCGCCAAUCCUCAUUAUCUACCUGAAGUAUGCAUCAAAGUGACCAUCAUUAACUUCACUGUCACCAAGUCAGGCCUGGAGGAUCAGCUGCUCAGUGAUGUUGUUCGUCUGGAAAGACCAGAUCUAGAAGAUCAGAGAAAUCAGCUGAUUGUGCGAAUAAACUCCGACAAAAACCAACUGAAGGCCAUCGAGGACAGAAUCCUUAAAUUGUUGUUUCACUCUGAAGGGAAUAUUCUCGAUGACGAAGUGCUUAUCAACACUCUCAAUGAAUCCAAGGUCACUUCAGGAGUGAUUAGUACUCGGCUGAAAGAGGCGGAGAUGACUGAGGAGAAGAUAACAACGGCGCGCGAGAAGUACCGCCCAGUAGCUACACGCGGCUCUGUCAUGUACUUUGUGGUGGCGAGCAUGGCCGAGGUGGACACUAUGUACCAGUACUCCCUCAAAUACUUUAAGCAGCUGUUCAAUACUUGCAUCGAGAACAGCGAGAAGACAGAUGACUUGGACAAGAGACUUCAAAUUCUGCUGGCUAAUUGCACUAGUUCUGUUUACACCAACGUGGCACGGGGUCUGUUUGAAAAAGACAAGCUUGUGUUCUCGUUCAUGUUAUGUGGUGAGAUUAUGCGUCAAAGAGAAGACAUAUCAGACAACGAAUGGAAUUUUUUCCUCAGAGGAAGUGGAAGCUUGGACAAGGAACGUCCACCAAAGCCCGAUAUUGCCUGGCUAACAGAACAAACCUGGAACACAUGCUGUGAUUUAGAGGAUUCCCUUCCAGCGUUUGGUGGCUUGAAACAGGAAAUAGUCAGCAAGCCUGUCAUAGUCAAGAUCGGCUCAGUUGAGGCAUGCGCAAACUCUCCACUGUUAACGGCGAGUAAAGAGGACAGUGACGGUCGAUCAACAGCGACAAGCGAAAGCACAGAAGCCACUGAAGAGGCAGAGGAACAGUCUAGUCUAGUUGAUCGCCUCUCAAGUUUCCAGAAAUUGGUAUUUAUCAAAUCAUUCAGAGAAGAGAAGGUGGUGUUUGCUGCUGUGGAUUUCGUUUGUGAGAACCUUGGCAAGACAUUUGUGGAGAGUCCGUCUAUAGACCUCAAUACUCUGUAUUCUGAUGUAGGGCCAACCACGCCUCUCAUAUUCAUUCUCUCUACUGGCUCCGAUCCAAUGAACGCCUUCCUCAGAUUUGCGAGGGACAUGAGUUACAGCGAAAGGGUACAGGCAAUUUCGUUGGGUCAAGGACAAGGGCCUGUAGCAGAGAAAAUGAUCGCUAACGCAACAAAGACAGGAGACUGGAUCUUCCUACAGAAUUGUCAUCUCGCUGCCUCGUGGAUGUUGGCAAUGGAAACCCUUAUAAAGAAUUUGUCGACACCAGAGGCGGAAGUACACGAGGACUUCCGGUUGUUUUUGAGCUCCAUGCCAACAAAAAGUUUUCCUGUAACGGUUUUACAGAACAGCGUCAAAGUGACGAAUGAACCCCCGAAGGGACUUCGAGCCAAUGUCAAGAGAGCGUUUGGAGAGCUCAGCUCUGACUCCUUUGAAAACCAUAUUCUUGGUGUGACGUGGAGAAAGCUGGUGUUCGGAAUUUGUUUCUUUCAUGCCAUCAUUCAGGAAAGAAAGAAGUUUGGUCCACUCGGUUGGAACAUCAAGUACGAGUUCAACGACUCUGAUCGCGAAUCAGCACUAGACAAUUUAAAGAUGUUCUUAGCAGAAGGACAGAUUCCAUGGGAUGCGCUGACCUUCAUCACAGGAGAGAUAACCUAUGGAGGCCGAGUCACCGAUGCUUGGGAUCAGCGGUGUUUGACCACAAUCCUCGGAAGAUUCUUUUCGCCAGCAAUACUGGAAGAUGGGUACAAGUUUUCUAAAUCAGGUAUCUACUUUCCCCCUGGAUAUGACAGUUUACCGGAGUACAGAGAUUACAUCGACAGUCUGCCUAUCGCUGAUGAACCUGAGGUGUUUGGAAUGCACAACAAUGCCAAUAUCGCUUUUCAGACUCAAGAGACCAAUGCCCUGAUUACUGCAGUAUUAGAGGUACAGCCUCGUUUGGCCAGUGGAGGGAGCGGUAAAACAAGCGACGAGAUUGUUUAUGAACUAGCUGAAAGCAUCCUCUCUAAGCUGCCAGUUCUGUUGGACAUGGAAAAAGCAGAUAAAGCCAUAUUUGAAACUGAUGCAAAAGGUCGAGUGAAUUCACUCACCACUGUGCUUGGACAGGAAGUGGAUCGUUUUAACUCUCUUUUGAAAGUUAUCAAGACUUCUUUACAACAGCUUCAGAAAGCCAUUAAAGGUUUGGUAGUGAUGUCACUGGAGUUGGACAAAGUUUACACAAACUUUUUGAACAAUCAGGUUCCAACAAUGUGGGCGAAUGCUGCUUAUCCAUCAUUGAAACCUCUUGGUUCGUGGGUGAAGGAUUUGCUUCUCAGAUGCAUGUUUAUUGAACAAUGGAUCGAACAAGGAGCACCCAAAUCGUUUUGGAUUUCCGGUUUUUUCUAUCCUCAGGGUUUCCUGACCGGAACACUUCAAAACCACGCCCGCAAGUACAAUCAACCAAUUGACCAGCUGUCAUUCCAUUACAACGUUCUCCCUAACUAUCGCAGCCAAGAGGAAGUCAGUGAGGCGCGCGCUAAACUUGGCCCAGAUGACACGCUACCGAUGGAUGAAGAGAUAGAAUCUCCGGAGGACGGAGUAUUGGUACACGGUUUAUUCAUAGACGCCGCUCGCUGGGAUGAUGAAAAAAUGAUGCUAGGAGACGCGUUGGAUGGCGAGAUGAACCCUCCGUGCCCUAUUCUCCACAUGGAACCUCGCAUGAACUACACACCAGAUCCCUCACGUUAUACAUCUCCGCUGUACAAGACAUCUGCUCGAGCUGGUGUUCUUUCCACCACAGGUCACUCGACAAAUUUUGUGGUGGCGGUAUAUCUUCCUACAGACCUUCCUUCAGACUUCUGGAUUGAGAAGGGGACAGCUCUCUUGUGUCAGCUUAAUGAAUAGUACAUCCAAGACUUAUUUUUUAUGGUGUUGACAGAACAUCUUAUAGCAAUGUGACUGUAAAUAUAGCCAAUUCAUUCGUUUGUUUGUUUUUAGUCGCCGUUGACCCGGUUGAUAUUUCAUCAAAUCCCUGCGAUGCUGGGUAAAAGCACCUGUAUGUAUAUUUUACGCUUGCGAGAGUUGUAUAAGAAACGCGUGGGUUUUAAGCAGUCAUUCAUACAUUAAAAGUUUUGGAGAAAGAAAA